UCAGGUGGUUUGAUUUUGAAAUUAUAGCUCGCAGGUGGGCAUGUGUUGUGCAAUGUACGUGUAAGUGCAUACCAGCAGCAUAUAUGUGUUUAUGUGGACCUAGUAAUCGUAUAUUAAUGAAAACGACGAUUAAGUCGUAAAAAUGACUUACAAUAACAGGAUAUGACAAUUUAAAACGUGAAAUCAACGUUUUAAUUAUUUUAUCAGCUCAUGUUUAUUACAUGGGUUGUUUUUUUAGUAAGGAAUAAAUUACGAAACUGGAAGAUGUUUAAAGUACAGCGUCGUCCAUUUAAGCGGCGGUUUUAAACCACGUUCGUGUGUGACGUUACUUUAGCAGCAUUUCUUGCAAGCUAUUGUUGACACUACCUUCAUAUUACAUAACAUUAUCUCAUUUCUAAGCAGUUAGUUUUAUUUAUUUGGUUUAAUUAUGGCACGCGAGGCCUUCGUCACGUUAGCUACAAACGAUCGUUAUUGCGAAGGUGCAUUAGUUGUUGCACAAUCUCUAAGACGACACAAGACACGAAGGGAAAUCGUUGUCUUAAUCACUCCACAAGUAUCAACAAUUUGCAGGUCUCGGCUUUCUGUUUUAUUCGACCAUGUUAUUGUGGUUGACGUAUUAGACAGCAACGACGAGGCUCACCUUGCGUUGCUACAUCGACCUGAACUUGGUGUAACUUUCACUAAGUUACAUUGCUGGCGAUUGGUGCAAUACACAAAGUGUGUCUUCUUGGAUGCCGACACCUUGGUGUUGACAAAUGUUGACGAAUUGUUCGAGCGCAACGAACUAUCGGCUUCCCCUGACGCUGGGUGGCCAGAUAUGUUCAACUCUGGUGUGUUUGUGUUCACACCUUCUAUGGAAACUUAUAAUGAUCUAAUCAAACUUGCCGAUACUGAUGGUAGCUUUGAUGGCGGGGACCAGGGGUUACUGAAUUCUUAUUUCUCGGAAUGGUCGACAUCUGACACAAGCAAAAGGUUGCCCUUCUUAUACAACAUGCAUUCAACAGCAACUUAUACAUAUUCACCUGCGUUUGCCCAGUAUGGCAAAGAUACAAAGAUAGUUCAUUUCAUUGGGUUCGUAAAACCAUGGAACCACAAAUAUGAUGAGAAAACCGGGGAAGUCACGCAAGUUGAAGGACCAGGCAUCCAUGAAGAAACAUUGGUGAAACAAUGGUGGAAGGUAUGGGCCGAGGUGCAGGGUUUGGAGGGAAUGAGGAAAACAACAACAGUUGAAUAUAAAGGUGCCGAGAAUCCCCCUAAUUAUGGCGGGCAGCCUGACAGCGUGCAUGAGGUAAAGAAAGAAGCGCAGUUGAAACUGGAAUCACAGAAACAACAUCUUCAACAAUGGCAAUCAUCAAAUGUAGAUUACGCUGGUGCCGAUAGCUUUGAUCACAUACAAGCUAAGCUCGAUACAGUGUUACAACUGGACGACACGGUGAAUAAGAAGUCUUAACAUAUUGUCAACCAAUGAAAUAAUAUAUAUUGCACAUUAUAAUCAGUUCAAUUACGUUGUUCCUAAUCAGUUGCAAUCAUGGUAUGUUAUCGGAUCCAUACAAGAAGUUCAUUAAUUUAUUGUUGCAUGUUUGUUGUUGCGUGACAGCGCUUGUUUACGUCACAAUGUAUUUGUGGUUCGUAACCAGCAUGGCUUUUUGUGCUUGUGCAAUUAUUGAGUAGUUCUCUCGUGAAACACAACAGCAACUGCACUAAUGGCC